GUGAGAUGCGGUUCGGAGGCUCCUCGUCCGCCGUCAUCAUUUAUGACUGUGAUUGUUUCCCCCUGAGAGACGCCGAGAAGAGAGCGAGUGCUGCUGUUGUGUGAGCGUGGAUCUCUGCUUGUGUGUUUGCGAGGAUCAACAUGACGCAGUGGUGGGCUUUACUCGUUGUUGUUUACCUGUCCAUCAGCCGGGCCGCCACUCAGCACCACAGGAAAGCUCUGUAUCCAUCUGCGUAUAGGAUAAAGCGUGGGACAUACUCGCUGAUCAACCCCACGUUCCAGCGCUCGGCGGAGGACGUCAAUCUGCUUUUUGAGAUUCUGUUGGCUGGAAUGCAGAUCCAAGGCGAGGAACACACCCUCCUGAUCCCAGACAAGGAACUGGCCUCCCUGAGAAGCGUGGAGAAGCUGGAGGUCGUCUGCGAGGACGUCCUGCCCAAGAAGCUCUCCGACAUCCGCCGUCUGACGGCCGAGCUCGUCCAGCGGCAGCAGCCUCUGAGCUGGCAGGACUUUGAGAGGACAGUGCUGACCUUAGUGUACACGACUCAGACGCUGGCUCGACUCACCAACCAGCACCAGAGAGAGCUGUGGACGGACACCUUGAUCCAGCUGUUCCGAGCCCUUCAAAAAGACCUCAGGCCGUCUUGAGGAAGAUUCAGAAGUUCUUUUCCCAGCUAUAGCUCUUGUCUUUAGUUUUUUUCCCCAAUUUCAUGCAAAGUAACAAAUGAAUGUUUCACAAAAACAGCGAAACUCUCGACAUUCACUUUGUCCAGAACUCUCAACAACAUCUUGUCGUUUUCUUUUACUUGAUUGGGUCGAGUCUCGUUAUCAACUUAAACCACAAACUAGUGGAAAAGUUCAUGUGUGAACUUUUUAUCAGCUUCUCCGAGUUAAAGAGUGAACUUCUAUCCUCAAGAGAUCAGUGCAGUUCGCUCCUCUGUUCUACAGUGAAACGCUGCAGUACAUGAGCUGUCAAACUGGAGGGCUUUAAAAGGUUCACUCCUUUUCUGUGGGUUCAUUGUGGGAGACGAGUGUCCACCAGAAGCUAAUUAAAAAAUCAAUUUGGGGUUCAGUUCCCACACUUGUAGUGUGAAGCACUGAGGUGUGACUUUACAUACCACCAGAUAGUGGACAAGUGUGUCUGAAAAAUGGCAGCAGACUCUUCAUCCCGUCUCCUCCUAAUGUGUCUUUUACCAAACGAUAUCCAGAGUGGGGGUUUAGCCGAUUACAGAAUGGUAUUCGAUGAGCACAAAUAAUGCAAUGCAGAGAGAUAUUCCUUCUACCCAUAAACAAACAAACAAACAAAAGAACUCCAUGACAUUAUGUGUCUUCAAUGACAAUCAUUACAGAACAAAAUGCAAAACAAACAUGUCCAUUCUGUUGGCAGCAUAGUACGUUGUUUUCACCAACAUGUCAUUUCAUUGACUACACAUUAUUGAAAAGUGAUCCUAUGAUGUCUGCUCAACCCCUCUGAACCCCAAACCAGGUUUUUAAAGACAUGUUGUCAUUUAAAAAUUGCCAAAUUUGAACAUAGAAACUGAAAAACGAUCCUUGAACUACUCGCCUGUAAAGUGUUGUUCUGUACUUGAUGUUCUUAAAAUUGUGGCAUUUCAUCAAAAUUACUUUAGUCUUCAUGUUUCUUUCUUUUUUUUUUUUGUGCCAAAAAUACAGCAUUUGCUCUAACUUGAUUCUAAAAAAGUCUGUGGCCCCCGAUGUAACUGUGAAGUCAUGAGUAGCUCAGCAGCGUCCAACAGUCACUUGACUAAAAUUCAGGAACGUCUCGGCCGACUUGCAUGCUGUGUUUACGCAGAACAGACAAGAGACAAGCACGGAAACUAAGAUGAAAAGUAGAAUACCUCUAAUAUGUAGAAACACCAUUUAUGUCCAAUAUUGGUGACACCUGUGGGCACUUGAAAAAAAUGAUGCCAGGUUGUUUUUUUAAUUU